CGUGGGUUGACUUCUUCUGUUUUGAUUUAGUCAGAGAUGGGGUUAGUUAAAUAUGUCAAUAAAUAACCAGUCUUUAUUUUACCCGAAGAGGACAAGGUGCAGCACCGGCUUAGUACUUUGAUUUAGUCAAAGAUAAAUGGCUGAGUGAGAUAGGCUACCAGUAAGUGACCAUGGACAAAACAGAUAUUCUAAAACCUUUAAUGGAUGUUGGUCUGGGUCCACUUAUUUUAGAUGGUGGACUGGCAACAGAACUGGAAUCAACAGGUUGUAAAUUACAGGUGAAGUACAUCAAAUUGCAUUUUAUGAGUAAUUCCAAAGAGAGCUGGGGUGUAAUCAUUACAUUAUUCCAAACAGCAACUAAAACGAGAGACUCUGUUGGACAAAUGCAGGUUUGCAACAGAAUCGCCGUAAUGAAUAUACCCCUGUACUUGACGUCAUGUAUAUUUGACUAUAAUGUUUUGCGUGGGUACAGGGAGAUCCUUUAUGGAGUGCAAGGCUGCUACAUACUAACCCACAGGCUAUUAAAGAUGCUCAUUACAGGUGAGUUGUUUAACAUACACUAUUGUUGAUUGUUGUUCUAGUUCCGCCUUUACUGUUGCAAAGCAUUACAGAUGUGGCUCUGUGUCUCUCUUCCUAGGUUCCUGUGUGCUGGUGCCGAUGUGAUAACGACAGCCACGUACCAGGCUAGCGUUGAGGGCUUCACCAGGCACCUGGACAUCACCCCUGAACAGGCCAACCAACUGAUCAUGUCAGGAGUGACUCUGGCCAGAGAGACUGUCAAACACUUUAUGACUGACCAGCCUCCCUCAGGUGAGUGGGCACUGUAAAUUACUGGUGGAGUCCCUGCCCGACUACAUUCUAGACCAGGGAUGGGAAACUUUGACUUUGGGUGGGGGGGAAACAACAAAUCUAAACUCAUCAUGGGGGGGCGCAGUGGCUCACGGCUCUGCAUACCCACAUCCAUACCCACACAGGUAGUCUGAGCCAGCUCUAGCCUUUUGGGGGCCCUAAGCAAAGUUGUUGCCCCUCCCCCUCCACCCCCACGUUGUGAGCCACACAUCAACAGUGGCCAUUGUGGUCCUCUGUAGCUCAAUUGGUAGAGCAUGGCGCUUGUAACGCCAGGGUAGUGGGUUCGAUCCCCGGGACCACCCAUACGUAAAAAUUUAUGCACACAUGACUGUAAGUCGCUUUGGAUAAAAGCGUCUGCUAAAUGGCAUAUUAUUAUUAUUAUUAUUAUUAUUAUUUGACAGCUGAGAAUAGUUUUUUUUUUUUUUAGUUCAUUUCCUGCAAUUCUACACAUUUUGUCUGGUCACUGGUGUAGCCUACAAACGUAAUGUUGUACAAAACUGUUCUAACUAUUGCAUUCCGUGCCUCAUUAAGCAUACGUGCGAUUUCAUGUAAUUUUUUCAGGAGGGGAGUAAGCUACAUGCAGCUAUUUAACAUGUUUUACUCAAAAUACAUUAUCGACAUGUUGGUAAAACUUUGUCAUUAUCGCCAACAUGAGCACGACACAAAUAGACGGUCUGGUUAUGUCCUGUUCUUCUUAGCUGCUGAGUUACAUGCAGCUACAGUGAGGGAAAAAAGUAUUUGAUCCCCUGCUGAUUUUGUACGUUUGCCCACUGACAAAGAAAUGAUCAGUCUAUAAUUUUAAUGGUAGGUUUAUUUGAACAGUGAGAGACAGAAUAACAACAAAACAAUUCCAGCCUUGUGUAGGUCUACAAUCUUGUCCCUGACAUCCUUGGAGAGCUCUUUGGUCUUGGCCAUGGUGGAGAGUUUGGAAUCUGAUUGAUUGAUUGCUUCUGUGGACAGGUGUCUUUUAUACAGGUAACAACCUGAGAUUAGGAGCACUCCCUUUAAGAGUGUGCUCCUAAUCUCAGCUCGUUACCUGUAUAAAAGACACCUGGAAGCCAGAAAUCUUUCUGAUUGAGAGGGGGUCAAAUACUUAUUUCCCUCAUUAAAAUGCAAAUCAAUUUAUAACAUUUUUGACAUGCGUUUUUCUGGAUUUUGUUGUUGUUUUUCUGUCUCUCACUGUUCAAAUAAACCUACCAUUAAAAUUAUAGACUGAUUAUUUCUUUGUCAGUGGGCAAACGUACAAAAUCAGCAGGGGAUCAAAUACUUUUUUCCCUCACUGUAUUUACUCUCGCCACGAUAUCAGCAUAUAUGGCAUAACUAUGGCACCAGGCGAGACGAACUACUCUUUUCACCGGUCCGGAUACCUAAAACGUUUCGCUGCCCAGAGGUGGAACGCAGCAAGACACAGACACGCAGCCUAAUUACAAACUUCAUGUUGUACACACAACUGUUGAAACUAUUGCAUUCCAGGCCUCAAUAAACAUUGGCGGUGGGUGAGGUGAGUUUCCCCCUAGUAUGUAAAGCGCUUUGAGUACCUCAGUUGGUAGAAAAGCGCUAUAUAAAUCCAAUCAAUUAUUAUUAUUAUUAAUUUGCGAUUUAAUGUAAUUUUUUCAUCAUCAUUGCUAACAUUGGCUAAGCUGCUCAGGACCUACCAACUCAGCGAGGCACUCAGAGAUACUGUAAUUUGGACAUGAUCCCUGUAUCUCUGAAGCUCUUAGUUCUAUGAUCACAUCUGAGUUGUUAAAUGCUCAUACAUUACAUGAUUACAUGGUAUCUUUUUAUUUUCUCAGAUCGCAGGGUGCCUCUGGUGGCAGGCUCUGUUGGACCUUACGGAGCGUUUCUGCACAACGGCUCGGAGUACACUGGCGCUUACGCUGCGGAGAUGAGUGUUGAGGUAAGGCAGACAAUGCCAAGAAAGAACUACACAUUGGGGUUGACCUAUCAUGAUCUAUACUGAACAAAAAUAUAAACGCAACAUGUAAAGUGUUGGUUCCAUUUUUCAUGAGCUGAAAAAAAGAUCCCAGAAAUGUUCCAUACGCACAAAAAGCUUAUUUCUCUCAAACUUUGUACACAAAUGUGUUUACAUCCCUGUUAGUGAACAUUUCUCCUUUGCCAAGAUAAUCCAUCCACCUGACAGGUGUGGCAUAUCAAGAAGCUGAUUAAACAGCAUGAUCAUUACACAGGUGCACCUUACAGAGGCCACUCUUAAAUGUGCAGUUUUGUCACACAACACAGUGCCACAGAUGCCUCAAUUUUGAGGGAGCGUGCAAUUGGCAUGCUGACUGCAGGAAUGUCCACCAGAGCUGUUGCCAGAUAAUUGAAUGUUCAUUUCUCUACUAUAAGCCGCCUCCAACGUCGUUUUAGAGAAUUUGGCAGUACAUCCAACCGGCCUCACAACCGCUGACCACGUGUAACCACGUGUCACCACGCCAGCCCAGGACCUCCACAACCGGCUUCUUCACCUGUGGGAUCAUCUGAGACCAGCCACCCAGACAGCUGAUGAAACUGUGGAGUAUUUCUGUCUGUAAUACAGCCCUUUUGUGGGGAAAAACUCAUUCUGGUUGGCUGGGCCUGGCUCCUAAGCUCGCCCCUGCCCAGUCAUGUGAAAUCCAUAGAUUAGGGCUUAAUAAAUGUAUUUCAAUUGACUGUUUUCAUUAUAUGAACUGUAACUCAGUGAAAUGGUUGAAAUGUUGGGUUUAUAUUUUUGUUCAGUAUAGUAGCCCAGUGUUCCUAUGGUCUGUCUGCUCUCUGUCUCUAGCCCCGUUUAUACCUGGUGCUUUGUCCUGAUCUUGUCCACAUUCUGAUGUGUGUCUCUCUCUCUCUCUGUGUCUCCAGGAACUGAAAGCCUGGCACCGCCCGCAGGUCCACUGCCUAGUUGCAGCAGGGGCCGAUCUCAUUGCCAUGGAAACCAUCCCAAGCGUGAAGGAGGCAGAAGCUCUGGUGGAGCUGCUCAGAGAGUUUCCAGAUUGUAAAGCAUGGCUCGCCUUCUCCUGUAAGGUAAUGCUUGCUAUAACUAUAUGUAAUGAAGACUGUUUCUCAAUUUGUCUUUCCUUGAUUCCUCGCGUCCUCUCUCCUUCUCAAACUGCAUUGUAGGAGACGAUCCAAAGUUCCUACCCUUAGACAUUAUUUUCCAAAGCGUUCUGAGAAAUAGGCAAGGAGAGAGGAUGCAAGGGAUCUAGGAAAGACAAACUGAUUCUCUAUAAAUAUGGGAUGUAAGAAUACAGUGAUCUGUCUUCUAUUCUCCUCAGGAUGGACAGUGUAUAUCUGACAGCAGUCGUUUCUCUGAGGCGGUCCAGUUGGCCAGUAGGUCCAGUCAGUUGGUGGCUGUAGGGGUGAACUGCUGUCCUCCAGGCCUGGUCAAGCCCCUCCUAGACUCAGCCAGGAGACAGAAGAGACCAGGCCUCAGCUGGGUGGUCUACCCCAACAGUGGAGAGGAGUGGGAUACAUACUCUGGGUGAGUGAAACUAAAUCACCUUGGAUGCGUCCCAAAUGGCACCCUGUUCCCUACAUGGCACCCCGGGCCCAUAGGGCUCUGGUCUAAAGUAGUGCACUAAAUAGGGAACAGGGUGCCAUUUGGGACGAAGACCUUGGCUUGUGACCUGACACAUCCAGGUUGUAGUAUUAUACUGUAUCAUUUGGCUACACACUGAUGUCUGCUAUAGUAUAAGAUAUCGAGGCGAUAUCAACUUUUCACUUCAGUCAACAGUUCCAUGAUGAUUACUCCAUUGUUUCAAGUGAUUAUUGAGUGAAUCUCUUGUAUUGAUUUAACCUUUUUUAUCAUUUAAAGGUGGAGAAAACCAGAGAAUAGAAUAUCAUCAAUAGCUGAACUGAGUCUGGAGUGGAUGAAACAAGGGUCUGCACUUAUAGGUAAGAGAACAGAUGAUCUAAUGUUGUCUUGACUUUGUAUUGACUAACUAGGACAGGGAUGGGCAACUCGCAUCAAUUUACAGAUCAGUGUUUUUUAGGAACUCAGUCGGGAUCUCAACUUCCUGUUGAGAGUUGGAAUAGUAGAAUACACAAGGCGCCAUUUUGUGGUUGUGCAUCAGCAGCAUCCUGUUAUGUCAGUCGCUGACAGUCACUCAAUUAGCCCAUGGCAACAGAAUCUCACUUAGGGCCCCCAAAAGGCUAUAGCCGGCUCUGACUGCCUGUGUGGGUAUGGAUGUGGUUACGCAGAGCCACUGAUGAGUUCAGAUUUGAUGUGAACCCCGCCCCCAUCGAAGUUGCCCAUCCCUGAACUAGGAUCUCUUGUCUUCCAACAGGAGGGUGUUGCCGCAUCAGUCCUGCCCACAUAGCGGAGCUACGAAGACAGAUACAUGGAAACAUGUCUGGCUCCGAUGCUUCACAGCAUGGACAGGGAAGACCUAACAAGGAAUGAGCUUACAGGGAAGACCUUACAGGGAAUGAGCUUACAGGGAA